AUGGACACUAGCUCCAUACCUCGUAGUGAUGAUUCCUCAGAAGAAGCAUCUGAGAAAGGAGAUAAAGAAGGAGAUGAACAAGAGGAAGAAGCGGAUGAUGAAGUAGAGCACAGAGAAGGGGACGAAGUCGCCGGACAAAACGGCUUUAAAGGCGAGGAGUUACCGGAGAGUUUUGGUGGUGGUGUGGCAAAUAUGGCGAUUCCGGUGAUGAAAGUGUUUACUUUAGCGGAAUUGAAAAUCGCGACUCCGAAUUUCAGGCCGGACACGAUGCUGGGGGAGGGAGGGUUCGAGCGGGUAUUCAAAGGCUGGGUGGAACGGCAGACCCUCGCCCCCUCCAAGGUCGGCGUCGGCAUGCCCGUCGCCGUCAAGAAAGCCUCUCCCGACAGCUUCCAAGGUUUCCAGGAAUGGCAGGCUCGUAAUUUUAAGCAACUUUAA